AUGGCCGCACGCACAUUGAGGAUAGGCCUCAUCCCAGGCGACGGCAUUGGCCGUGAAGUGAUCCCCGCCGGCCGCCGCAUCCUCGAAGCCCUACCCUCCUCCUUCGGCCUCAAAUUUUCCUUCUCGCACCACGAAGCCGGGUGGGAGACUUUCCAGAAAACCGGCGCCGCCCUCCCCGAUGCCACUGUCGAGGCGCUCAAGUCCGACUGCGAUGGCGCCCUCUUCGGAGCCGUCAGCUCGCCCACGGUGCAAACAAAGGGAUACUCUAGCCCCAUCGUCGCACUGCGCAAGAGGAUGGGCUUGUACGCCAACGUGCGACCGGUCAAGAGCGUGCGCGGUGGACUGCGGGACGUAGACCUAGUAAUCGUACGCGAAAACACCGAGGACCUUUACGUCAAAGAAGAAAAGACCUACACCGCCCCCGACGGCUCCAAGAUCGCUGAGGCAAUUAAGCGCAUUUCGGAAACGGCUUCUUUCAACAUCAGCGCCAUGGCUGGCGACAUUGCACUGCGUCGUCAGCGCGUCCGCGACGCUGGGUCUGCGUCAAUCCACUCCAGCCCCCUCGUCACUAUAACGCACAAGUCAAACGUGCUGUCGCAAACCGACGGCCUCUUCCGCGAGACCGCUCGUCGCGCGCUGCAGGAUGCCAAAUACAGCAUGGUGGGCGUCGAGGAGCAGAUUGUGGAUUCCAUGGUGUACAAACUCUUCCGCCAGCCGCAAGACUACGAUGUCAUCGUCGCUCCCAACCUUUACGGCGACAUCCUCUCCGACGGUGCCGCGGCGCUUGUUGGAUCGCUCGGUCUGGUUCCCUCUGCAAACGUUGGAAAGGACUUUGUCAUUGGUGAGCCGUGCCAUGGCUCUGCCCCGGAUAUUGAGGGCCAGGGUAUUGCGAAUCCCAUUGCGACUAUCCGAUCGACUGCUCUGAUGCUCGAAUUCAUCGGUGAAGAGGAGGCGGCGGCGGCUGUGUACAAGGCGGUGGAUGCUAAUCUCGAGGAGGCGAAGCUACUGAGUCCUGAUAUGGGCGGUAAGGCGAAGACUGAGGAGAUUAUCGAGGAUAUCUGCAAGAGAUUGUAG